CAUUUCUAACUUUUCUUAAGGACUUUGGAUUAUCUUUUCUACAUGUUUUGGAUUACUCAUUUCUCUAACAUAUCUGAGUUGGGUAAUGGGUUGGUAGAGUCUGGGCCUUGCCACAUAUUCAGUCAUUGUAUAUGCACUAACCAUCAAGACAAGGGCUGGGAGCUGCUAUGAUGGGAGACUUACAAGGCCUCAGAAGUAUCAAGAAGGGAGGUGUUUGACACUCAAACUGUGCGUCUCACAGGUAGGCUACUGCCUCUGCUAAUACGAAAAGAACAUCCAUAUAAAGUCUGUCACUAUGCUGUUUGGAAAAUCCCUCAGAUAUUUUUAUUCUGUCAAGAAACCAAGAUGUGUUUUGUUAGACUCUUAUUUAGAGAUCCCCAAAAGCUUCACUUUCGUGGUAUAAUAAUGUUUAGAAUUGAUAACUUUUUCUAUGUUGACUAGUACCGUAUCCUCAGCACUUAAAAUCAGCAUCUAAAAGCAGUCAAUAAAUAUUUGAAACUUUCUUCAACAUAGUUUACUUUCAAUAGAUUCGUGUGAAAUCCUUAGUAAAUAAUAGAGAAAGGUCUGGGAGUUUUCUCUCAUUGAAACACACUUCUUUGCCUUCUUAUCAAAGGAUUUAUCACAUGUAAUAAUUCUUGUUGGGAGUCUUUAAAAUUCUUGGCACCUAGAAGCAGACCUUGAGCUCUUAAUGUAUACAUAGUUAAAUUUGAUCUAUAGACAAAAAUGCCAGCAACCUGAAGAGCUACUAGGAACUUGGGCUACCACUUAGGUCCUGAAAAUUAGAUCUUUUCACUUUAAAAGUGUCAAACAUACCAAGUUAAUGACUCAGAGUCUAUCUUUUAAAAUGUUUCCUUAGACAUGUUUUCUCAGCUCUGAUAUUUUAAGUCAAUGUCUUUAAGAAUUACCAAAUAUGGAAAACUCUUACAUUUUCUUCUCAAGGGAGCUGUCCGAGCAUUGACAUUUUUCACAUGGUGACCGGGUGUGAGUCAGACCAGGGACAUGCUCAUUACAUGAAGUCUCACCUUGUGUUUGCCCAAAGACAGAGACAUGGCAGGGCACGAAAGUUUCACUUUUAUGAUAUAAUAUAUUCCUGCUAUUUCUCCCUGAAGGUCAUACUAUUUUUGGAAGAAACAAGAAUUCUUGUUGAAAACCAGGGUUUUUCUCUUCAAAUUUUAGAUUUCAUAUAUUUUUAGAGAAUCUGUUUUAAAAGAACUAUUUAUCCAUAUGCUUACAUCAAAAUACUCCUCCAGCUCUAUAUGUCAGGAAUUCACAACAUAAUUAGCUACUACUUUUGAAAGUUAGUUCUGUGAUAAUUACAAAUGAAUAAGGAUUUAUUAUUUUUUUGAAGUUCAAACAUUUUAAGCUGUUAAUCAACCAAUUCUACUCAGUAGGAAAACUUCUAAACCAUACUAUACUGUUUAAGAUCAUAUUCCAAAAGGUUUAAACAUUAAUGGAUAAAUAUGCAUAGAUAUUUAUCUAAACAUUGAUGUUGGUUAAAUAUUUUAAAAAUUUAAAAUAUUCAUGGUUGAGCAUUUAAAGAACAGCCAAACUCACUAUUCAGAAGUUCUAUGUAAUUUCAAGAUGGCAAUGAUUUUACCAUCAAUUGACACAGACUUCUAUUUUAAAAGAACUUCAGGUGUACAUGUGUAUUUUAGAACUAAAAGUUUUAUUUACCCUUAAAACACUUAUUUCUAAAAGUUAUGAUAAUAGUCAUAGCUGACCCUUAUUGAGUGCUUACUGUGUCCUAAGUUAAGGCUAUACAUAUCCAUUCAUUGGUAUUUCAUACUGUGAGUUCUCACAUAAGAACACUGGGACACAAGGAGGUUAAAUAACCUGAUAGAAGACUAGGGCCACACAGUAGGAGUGGCAGAACUUAAACUCUUAUCAGUUCACAUCAAGGAGAAUACUCUCCUUGCCAAAUGCCAGGCAAUUUUACAAAUUGUUGAAAAUAUAAUCUAUCUAUCUAUAUACUAGACUCUUACCUCUUCUAAACACAGUGUACUUAUUCUCUGCCUCGUCUCCCCCACCAUAAGCCUCAGAAGCAGUUGACGAAUAUCCUAUGCAGUAACUUCAGGUAGGGAGUUGUCAAGCAAAGCAUGGGCCAUUGAACAUAGACAUCUAACAAUCCAGGGAAGUCUGACCCUAGACUCCAAAUCCCUUCCUUAAGAACUGAUAUAAAGGUGAAAUGGUAUCUCCUGAUUGGCGGUGCUGCUGGGGCUUGACCCUGCUUGGGCUCACUAAAUACCCCUACUCCAAGGGGUCUUUUCUUUUACAGGGGCAGUUUGCAGGGAGCUUCCUGAUUGUGUGAAUGAGGAGACUUGGAAGACGCCGAAGCAGAUGAGUAUGCGUUCUCCUGCUACAGCCAGCUGGAGGUGGACGGAUUUCAGCACUUGCUGAAUUGUAGCUUUGAUGACCCAGACAUCAACAGCACCGACCUGGAAUUUGAAAUAUGUGAAGCUAUCUUUAUUAUUGCAUUUUUUUCCUGCUUGCGUAAAUUCAUAAAGAAGAAAUUGGAAUUUUCUGAACAUAAUGCAUGCCAAUGAAGUCGUUAACAGUGGUGUCUUUUUGAACGAAGGAUGCCAGAAUUUGAAUAAACAAGAAGAGUUUUAUUUCAUCAAGACAAAGGAAUUCUUACUGGUUGUCAGUGGCAAAAUAUGUGUAAAGCUUGGGAAAAAGAACAUAGUGUGCAAAAAAAUCGAAAUCGUCAAGAUAGUUAAACCUGAGCCUCCUUUUGACAUAAAAGUUCUUUAUCGUGAAGGAGCAAAUGACUUUGUGGUAACAUUUAAUACAUCACACUUGCAAAAAAACUAUGUAAAAAGUUUAAUACAUGAUGUAGCCUACCGUCAGGAAAAAGAUGAAGACAACUGGAUGCACGUGAAUUUAUCCAGCACGAGACUGACACUCCUGCAAAGGAAGCUGAAGCCCAAUGCCAUGUAUGAGAUUAAGGUUCGAUCCAUCCCUAAUUACAACUAUUUUGGAGGCUUCUGGAGUGAAUGGAGCCCAAGUACCUAUUUCAGGACAGCAGAGACUCAGAGUCCAGGGGAGAUAGAUCCUGUUGUACUAACUGUCAGCAUUCUGGGGUUCUGCUUUGUCGCUCUGUUGGCUGUCUUGGCAUGUCUGUUGUGGAAAAAAAGGAUUAAACCUAUGAUAUGGCCUAGUCUUCCUGAUCAUAAGAAAACGCUGGAACAACUCUGUAAGAAACCAAAGAAGAAUUUAAAUGUGAGUUUCAAUCCCGAAAGUUUCCUGGACUGCCAGAUUCAUCGGGUGGAUGGCAUUCAAGAUAGAGAAGAAGUGGAAGGUUUUCUGCAAAACAUUUUCCCUCCACAGCCAGAGGAGACCGAGAAACAGAAAUGUGGAACAGGAGCUCAGGACCCCAGCUGGUCAUUUAAUGUUACAGUUGUCACCCCAGAAACUUUCCGACAACUGCCUUCCAAAUCCCUAACAGAGAACUUCAGUGCAUGUGAUUCCCCUACUUGCCUUUCCUCCAGGUCCCAGGAUGUCAGAGAGAGUGUUCUAGGUGGACCUCAUGUGGUCCAUGACCUCCUGCUAGGUCCUGGUACCCCCCACAGCCCACAGAUCCCUCCAUUGCCUUCACAAUCAGAAGCGCUGAUAUUGAACCCAGUCCUCCCAGAACAUCCAAUCCUCACCUCACUGGGAGCAGGUCAAGAAGAAGCAUACAUCACCAUGUCUAGCUUCUAUCAAAACCAGUCCAUUUUAAGAAACCCUGGGAUUGAAUCCGUUAUGGUCAACAAAGAUGAUAGAGGGAAAAUCUAGAGUGCUUUCUCUUCAUUGUAAAGGAGAAAAAAGCAUGCGACCACAUUACUUAGUCUACAAGAUGCUAAAACACCACUUUAACCACUCCACCAGGGUUCAGGGUCAUUCAGCUUCAGACAGGAGCCUUCUGCUUCUAAAAGGUUGAUUGGGUCAUGAGGUUACAGGUGACUCAAUGAUUCAAUGAUUUAAGAACACAAAGCAGGAAAGAAUGAAAUAAAGAGUGAAGGGGGGAUGGAGUGAUGAGGAAGGCAGGAUGUUAGCAAGGGAAAAAAAGAUCAAGAAUUAGAAUUUACUGUAGAUCCAAUGCUGUGCUAAGUGUUCUGUAUAUCUUGCUGCACUGGAUUCUCACAAUAAUGCUCGAAGAUGGGAGCAGUUAUCAUUUUCCUGUAUAUAGAUGAUAAAACAGAAUUAAGGAGUUAAGUAUCGUGAACAAAUUGCCCCAUGGAGAGGUGGAGCCAAAAUCUGAAGGCCAAAAGCAUCCUCCCAUUUUGGGGUACCAAAUGACAUUAAUAAUAGUGACAAGCAGAGUGACAAGAUGAUGUGUUAUUCCAUCCUGGGUCACUUGGAAAAAUGAAAUAGAAUGUUCUAAGAAUUACCCCCAGAAUGAUAAGCAAAAACCAGAACUGACUCAGACAAAUGUAGACGUAUGUUCACCUGAUUCAAGUAGCCAUAGGAAGAAAGUAGCGAACAAACAGUUCCAUGUGGGUGAAGUUCUAUGAUCAGCCAGAUCUAAAGAAAGCCAACAAGGUAAAACACACACACACACACACACACACACACACACACACACACACACACACACGUGCUGUUUGAUUUUUUUGUUCUGCAAAUAUACUCAAGACAGGAUAAAUCUGAAAUCCAGAAUUGCUAAAGAUAUGAAUGGCUACCAAGACCAAAUUCAUCUUGCUGCCACCAUCCCAAUAUAUUCAUCCAUGAUCUCACAACAACCUGUCAUUGUCCCUGGAUGAUAACCCAGUUGACUAAGAAGCUGUGAGUACUGACACUGCCCCUGUUCAAAAGCAUCCUUAAAUUGUCCCCAGCUCUACAAUCUUCAACAUGACUUACAGGCAUCAUGGAGCAGCUAUAACCACAUACAGUGAGUGAGCCAACUGUGGCUACAUCCUUGCAGAUACAGAGGAGACGUAUCCUUAACAUUGGACACUUGUUCUGGCCUCUCUUAGUCUAAAGUAAUUUCUAAUGAUGAGCUCAAACCCAGACAAGGUGACUAAACAUUUUCAACUCCGGGGAGGGAGCAAACCUGCCUCCCAGAGGCUCCCAACCCUGACUGUUUGUGGAAUCACUCAGGGCAGAGGUCACACAGGGUUGCAAAGCCUUGUUUGAGGUCAGCUGCAGUUGUUUAUGUCUUGAGUUCUCUUCCUUUUCUUGUUCUGUUUUGUUUAGGGGGCUACAUGUUUUUAUUUGUACCUUAUUUUUUAUGGUGUAUCUUCAGUGAAUGGUAUUUUAAGUUGUAGACUAGUAGUCUUUAUCUGUUGAGCCAGUUAUAACCAUACCAUUUUAUUGUUCAGAUGAGUGUUUUACUUCCUAAAGUGUUUUCCUCUUUGUCAAGAGCAAUGAAUAUACAAGAUAAUAAUUCCUUGUGCUUCUUUAGUGCUUGUGUGAUGUUCAAGGCACUUUCAUAAGCAUUCUCUUUCAGCUCCUUGACUCCUUGACAAGCACUUAUAGAAAGGUUGCUGUAUAACCCCCGUAGUGUUAGACACAGGGAAUCUAAGACAUAUGAGGACAUAAGACUUAAAAACUCUAAAAUAAAGAAUCAAUAACUUGCAAACAAAUUCUCACAAUGCUGCAAAAUGCUGUGAUAGAGGCAUAUUGAAACUGUCCUCUUGGAGACAUUCAGGGAAAAUUCCACCAAAUUUAAGUAAAUCUGCACAGAGGAAAAGCAGAGUCCUCCUGAUAUGGAAAUGACCAAUGAUACAUGUGCAUCAGAUGGCCAGGUAUUCCUUAUCUUUUGUGAAAAUGAGAGCCAAAUAUCCAUGAAGAGGUCACUCAAAUUGUCAUGCACAACCUAGGCAUUUGUUACCUUAUGACCAUCUUCUUUGACUUAUGCUAAAAUUAGGCCACAGAGAGCAUAGGUCAGUUACGCAACCCUGGACUGGAAGGCACAGUUUUGUGUGCUGAUACAGAUAAUUCCUGAAAGAAAUGAGGAGAUUCUGAAGGACUUUUGAGAUCCUGUGUUUUUGUGUUGUUUGACAUAUGGAAUCGUCUGAGUUGAUGUGUAUAUAUGUGUCUAUUGAGGAAGGCAUUUAUUUUAUUGUGCUCUGAUAAACCUUAUUGCUGCUCAUGCUUGAUUGUAUACUCAGGGAUGUUGUAUAAUAUAAGAUUCCUAAUUAGUUCCACACAACUCCUAUGGACUUCGUGAAGAAAGAAAAGCUACUGCUCAGAGGCAAUGUAUGCAUCAGAUGUAAACUGACAGCUCUACGUAGCAUGAAGUGAAAAAAAAUUUAAAUGACAAUUCAGACAAACCACUAUUUCUGGGUGUAGCGGGCCCAUUUUGUUUGGAUGAUUUUCUACCAGCCUGUCCCAUCAGUGUUGGUUCCAUGAGACUUUGCUUCGAAACAUCUAUGGGCUAUGCCCCUCUAGAAAGGCUAUGAAACAGAAUUGGCCAGGCAGAUGAUGAGAAUACGUUCAACAACACCUGUAUAUGAUGCAAAUCAGAUGACGGUUUUGUCAGCUCAGUGGCCUUCCUUGGGGUUGUUCUUUACAAUAGCCAUCUGUCACUACAUCACUAGGGUUGGACUGUGUACUUUCACAUGCAUUACGAACAUUUCACAGAGCUGCUAAACAUUUGGGGGCACAAUAUGUGUUACCUUCUCAUAUUUAAUUAAAUGCUAUGGAACUCUU